AUGAACCCGCAGCGCCAACCCGGCGGCCAGAUUAUAGACCUGCAACAGACCCCCUCGAACCGUGUGUUGACGGGGAAGUACCGACGGAAUGGAAAGCUGCAAUCCUGUGAACCGUGUAGGCGGUCCAAGCUGAGAUGUGAUCAUGUCAUACCGGCCUGCGGGAGAUGUGUGAAGAGACGAUGUGUUGAUCGCUGCUCUUACCACCCCAGCCCUCUGACUCGGACCCGCCGAAAAGACGAGACUGCUCCUCCAACGCCAUUAACACCCACUCACGACGGGAGUUCGGUAAUUGCUGUGCAGUCCGUCGAGACAUCCAGUGUGAAAUCUCCGAACAUAUCAGCUUCUCACACCCCACGGUUGCGUUCUACAGAUAUUUGGGCGCGCGGAGCCCACCGGGCCGCGUCUGCCCCUCCGUUGCAUAUCCGGGAUGAGCCUACGAGCCGCACCGGAAACCGCGGCUUUCUCGGGGAGACGUCAUAUUUCUCAAUCUUCGCAGAUGGACUGGGAAAUUUCGCCAUCCCAUCUGAUCCGGAACCGUCCAAGGUCUGGCUAUCACACGACCGAAUCGCGCAAGGAUGUAAAAUCCUUUCCUUCUUAAAGGACGGCUCUAUGGUGAACCGCUUGGUAGCACGCUGGUACCAAAUAUGUGAAGACGAGGGCUGUGUAUGCAUAGAGCCUAUCAUGAAAGAAUGGCUUUGGGGGCUUGGGCUGCAUCAUGGAGAUGUUUUGAGAGAGCAAAAUCCGGACAAGAUUCGCCGAUUGUGUGAAUUACUCUGGCGAAACACGGAGACGCCGCUAAGCCUCGACAAGAACAUAACGGCGGCACAAUGGGCACGACAGGGUACGGGGCCUCACUUGAGGUGGGAAGUUGUCGGCCUCAUUGCUGCCAUUGCUGGCCAAUGUGCAAAUACCCCCGACCCAGCCAUUGGGCCAUUCAGAAAGCGUAAUUUCGCGACCCCUUCGUUCGCGAGACAGAUGAGCGAGAUUGCAGAGGCUUGUAUUGGCUUCUGCCGCGAUUGCGAGACGAUGGGUGAUAUGUUCCUCUGGCUGCUUAUGGAAAACUACUGCUUGACCGCCAUGCUGAAGGGCGAGAGUAGUCAGGCUUCGUAUGUACAAUGCGGUGAAAUCGUGACCGCCGUAGUCUCGGUGGGUCUGCACCAGGGAGUUCAAGCUGACGAUCAGCUCCCCAUCUUCAUCUCGGAGAUACGAAAGAGACUUCUCGUCCAGACGUACAGUGCAGAGAUCGGCAUCGCGACAUUCUUGGGUCGCCCGCCGAGGAUUUCACAUCGUUAUUGCAAUUUCCAGUCGCCCCUUGAUCUCUCCAUUUCCCAGCUGGUUAGCGAAGGAGACGAGCUGGCCCUAGCACUUGCCGGAUUAGACGACAAGGGGUUCAACACAGCUGGGAACAUAUAUCGUGUCACCUGGGUGAAGACUUGGAUGGGCCUCGCCCCGGAGAGAGAAGAUGUGCUGGACCUAGCCGUGGGCCGGUACACUCGCGAUGAGAUCCUACAGCGAGCAGAUUUGAUCCAGAGCAGGAGCGAGCAGUACUGGGACAGCUUACCGAAUUUCAUCAAGAAAUUAAGAGAUGGGCCGUUAGAGACAGAAGGCAAGAAGUCGACGGAAAUUCUAUUCAUGACCGUCUUGCGCCAGGCGUUCCGUGCCAACGACCUCCUGUUACAGCGCGUAUUGAUUCGCAAAGCCGGUGCCAGUUCGGAAAGGCUCGUAGAUAUUGCGCGCUCGACCUUCAAGGAUAUCCUACACAUGAGCCAACGCCACGACCUGGGGGCGCUACUACAGAACGACAUGGCCUCUCUCCUCGCUGUGCAGGGCCUACGAAGCGCGGCCGUCAUCGCGGUGGAGCUUUUGAAGCAGGAGCAGUUCCCCGUCUAUCCCAAGGAGCCUCUCGUGCCUAGGAGCCAGACAAUCCAAGAUCUAGCCGUUUUCGCCGCUCGAUUAGGAGCGAUUGACCCCACGGAUGGCUCCUUUCUCUUAUGUGACCAGGGUCGCAGAGUCAUCACUUACAUCCUCGACAAGAUUCUAACCCCCCAAGGCGUCCCAGAUCAACCAUUACCUCCGCGUGUCCCAAGUCUCACGCAGCCAGAUGAGCAGCAGCAGCUCGGCCCAGUAAGCUUAGAUACGAAUAUCGACGCUUCGGUACCAACCGGGCUGAACCCUCUCGGGACGAUGGAUUUCACCAUGAUGGACCUGAAUUUCGGAAUCGAAGCACCCUUUUUGGGCCCUGACAACGACUUCAUGCAGUGGCUCGAAAACAUGGAUUGGGAACGGCCGAUUCCAUGGGACGGCGGAGGGCAGAAUGUUCCCAGUUGA